AUGUUGGGCAAACCUGCAAGAUAUUCACAAGAGCUGAGGAUAUUUCUCAUGGGACUUGGAGUUGUCAGUUUCUGCCUUGCAGAAUUUGCGUUCACAGUCUACAAGCUUCGUCCUGACGAUCUUGACUGGGUGGAUGAAGAGCGAAAGAGGGCAGCUGCAGCAAAAGCAAGAAUCGAGGAGCCUUGA